AUGAAAUACUAUAAGUUGCGAAUCGCACUGGAAACGGAUCAGGAUCGACGUUACCGCCACCAUACAACAACCCUAUUAGAACCAGCGCCUCUAGCGACAGUCCUCGAAAACCUGCCGUUAGUCUACAAUACGGAAGCACGAAGCCUGCAUCGACUGGCGUCAGACACCAAUGACUCGUCAUCGUCUGACGCCGUCAACAUAAAGCAACCUUUCAAACGAGGACAUAUACGCCGAAGUUCAUAUGAAUCAGCCCAAAUCAAGUUGAAUUACAAUCGGUUCGGUAGUCAUUACCCUCAGACUGCUAAGGCAAGGGCGAACAGCUUGAACAGAGCACUUGAUAUAGGUGGUGGUGGUGCUGGUGUGCCAAUGUUGAUAGACUAUUCGUCGGGCAAAUCGAAAGCAGAACAAAUAUCAAAUGGUUUCGAGAAAGUUAUUCGGACACAAAGUGGUGCUGCUGCUGCAUUGCGACGCGAUUUUGGAUCGUCGUUAUCGUCAUCCUCAUCGUCAUUCUCAUCACCAUUCAGAGGGGUGAAACGAUCCCAAAUCGGAGGGUAUGAUGCCGAUGGCUUAGGCUUAGGUUCUGCGUUUGGUGGUAGUAACGUUGACUGUGAUGGCAUUAACACUCCCUCUGAUAAGGACAGCAGCACGCCAUAUGAUUAUUCGUGCACAGUGAAAGAUGGUGCUGAUGAGACGAGACUGCAAGAGCAACAGCAAACAGCGACAGAUUCAUCAUCAUCGUUGUCAUUCGUUACGAGCUCGGGAAAUGGUAAAGAUGCUGCUGAUCGAAGACACUUCGAAGUGGAACACUUGGACGGCGGCAGGGCUGACUUAGCCACUCAGACGAAGCAUCGAGCUGAGCCUAGAAUGGUUGACGAGCGUUUGGUUAGCACAAGAACACAGUCACAGGCAACGCCGUUGUCAGUGUCAUUUGCGAACGAUUCUGAUAAUGAUAAGUGCACUGAUAAGGAGGUUGAUAACGCUGAUAAAGAGAGCGUAAAUUUUUUUGUUGUUGGUUCUAAGAAGACGAAAAUGAAAGCGAACGACGAUGACGACGAAUGCAAAAAUAAUGCAGAGGCGAUGAUCAGAAGUAAGAGUGAUUUUAUGGUGGUGGAUGGCAGUGGUGAGUUGUCAUUGCCGGCAGAUAGUGGUGAAACGAUUACAGCAACGAAUACGAUUGAUUCAGCGAUAGGUGAAUCAAUGAGUUCGAAACGCAGUUCACUGGAUCGAAAGAGUCAAAUGUCAUCGACAGUGGAUUGGAUUUCGGAUAUAUCAACGGAUUAUUCGGCGAAAGGUGAUCUGUUCGCUGAUGGAUGCGAUGAGGCAGUGGCGAAUUAUUACAGUUGUGUGCACGACGAGGAUGACUGUUGGAGGCUGGACGACUGCAGUUAUGCGGAGUGUCAUUCGGAUGGCGGUAAAGUGGGUAAAUUCGCCGGUAUUUUCGGCAAUAAAAUACCAUCAUCAAAAAACCAGCAAGAGCAACAACCGAAGAAUGUUGCCACAGAUGCGAAUGUGGUUUCGACAAUGGGAUUGAUUCUGGAAGAUCGACCGAGUAAUUUACCAGCGAAAUCUGAAGAAGAGGAGGCGAAACAUCGAGCGCAGUACUUGGAGUUGAUCGAACAGGCAAGGAAACGAGAGGCCAAGGAGGCAAAGGAACGCAAAAAAGCGGCCGAUCUGAAGAGACGUCUCGAGGACCAGGCAGCAGCUGCGUGUAGACAGUGGAGUGAGACGAUUCUACCGAAGUGGGAUGAAAUGAAGAAUUCAAAAAGGUGCCGUGAAAUGUGGUGGCAAGGAAUACCAUCAAAAGUACGUGGUCGUGUUUGGUCUUUGGUUAUUGGGAAUGAACUGAAUUUAACUGAAGAUUUGUAUAAUAUUUGUUGUUGUCGUGCUCUGGAAAGGAUAUCGGCGGCCGAGCAUGGUGGUGACUCAACGUGCCAACGAGAAGGUGACGAUUCAACGGAGGUGAUGUCGAAAAGAGUGAAUUCAACUGAAGGUGGUGGUGCGCUGAAGAGAGCACCGUCGUGCACACCGUCCUCGUCGUCAUCUGGAUCGUGCUCGAACGAGGGACGGCUCAAAGAAGCAGUAUGUGAGUCAGGAGAUGUGAAGAAUGGCGAUCGUGAUCGUGAUCGUGAUCGGGGUAGGGAUGUUAAUGCUAGGAAGAAGGCUUCGAGAAGGGAGCAGUUCAGUGAGCAGUCGGAGUUGGCGGUGAAUCACGAGAGUUCGGUGGAGUUGAUCCAUUUGGACGUGUCGCGCACCUUCCCCACCCUGGGCAUAUUCCAGCAAGGCGGACCCUACUACGACCUGUUGUUGCGAUUGCUCGGUGCCUAUGUGUGCUAUCGACCGGACGUCGGCUACGUCCAGUCGAUGUCGUUUGUGGCUGCCGUGUUCCUGUUGCAGAUGGACAGCCCGUAUGAGGCGUUCGUCGCGUUCGCUAACCUUCUCAAUCGUCCAUUGCAGUUAGCGUUUUUUCGCUUGAGGCAACCAGAAAUGACGGAGUAUUUUAUUGCGUAUGACCAGUAUUUUGAUCAAGAAUUGCAUAAACUGCAUACGCAUUUCGACGAACUGGAUGUGCGGCCAGAUUUGUAUUUAAUCGAAUGGGUUUAUACAUUGUACGCAAAAUCAUUACCAUUAGACGUGACAUGUCGUGUUUGGGAUAUGUUUUUGAGGGAUGGCGAGGAAUUCCUGUUUAAGACUGCAUUGGGUAUCCUUCGUCUCUAUGAACGUCAACUGCUGGAAAUGGAUUUUGAAGGAGUUGUGCAGUUUUUGACGCAUUUACCCGAGACAAUGAGCAGUGCCGAAUUGUUUCGUAAUAUCGAACCAUUUAUGCGUUCGUAUGCAUCCACUGCAGAAACAUCGAAAUGUAAACGACGGUUUUUACAGAUUCUCUCGGAUGUGAAUGAACGAAUCAAUCCAAGGAGUUGUUUGUCGAGUGCAGAUCUGGUUUGUGGGUAUUAUUGCGGUGCUGUGGGCAGAGCAUCGCACCGGAGAUCAGUGGCCAAUUUGACAAAGUGCGGACUGGAUAGUGGUGAUAAUGCAAGUGGGAAAGUUAGUAACAGUGAUGAUAAGUGCUUAUCGCAACUCUCGUCGAAUAUGCAGACAAUGAAGUUGAGUAAAAGUUUGAGUGGAUUUCUGGGAGAUCUACUGAAGCCACCGUUACCAGCGCACGUAACAAACACUAUUAAUAAUAAUAAUAACAAUAAUAAUAAUAAUACGUGUCGUUCAUCGAUACGUCGCUCACCGACAUGUCCAUUGACUGCAAUAACAUCAACUAAUAAUAAUAAUAAUGCUGAAAAGAUCAGUGUUUCAUCAAAUAAAACAGGUAGUUUUUUGUGUUUGAUUUGA